AUGGCAUACAACGAUGAUUCGGUUCUGGCGCGAUUGUCGUCAUUGAAUGAAAGUCACGACAGCAUCGCCACCGCUGCCCAAUGGAUCAUGUUCCAUCGGCGUCACGCGGAUCGCACUGUACAGCUAUGGAUGCAGCGCUUGAAGGAUUCCUCCAGUACGAAACGACUGAGUUUGGUAUAUCUCGCGAAUGAAGUUGUUCAACAAUCACGAAUACGCCACAAGGAGGAUUUUGUCAUAGCAUUCUCUCCCAUAAUCGCCGAAGCCUCGUCCAUAGCAUACAAGGGCGCACCUGCAGAAAUUCAGGCGAAACUUCGACGCGUCAUCGACGUCUGGAAGGACAGGUCUAUCUUUGAAGUACCAAUUCAAAAGGCCAUCGAGUCCCGUCUUGAUGAUCUUGACAAAGCUAGAGGGACACCGAGGUCUGGAUUUACAGGUUCUCCUUUCGGGACAUCGUCUGUGCCAUCCGAGAUCGCUCCGCUCGUCACUUCUCAUCAAAAAAUUGCGAAGCUCAGUGGACCUUUGCCGAACGCGAUUUCUUCCGCAAAUCAAGAAUAUCAGAAACAAAUGGAUCCCGAAGUUGCCGUACCAUCGGCUCCGGUGUAUGCCGCUCGGCUAAAUGGACUUCUUAAAACCCUUGCGAAUGCAGAGAGCGCUGUCGCAGAAUGCGUGAAAGCUCGAGAAAGCUUAGUAUCCGCUUUGGAGAAACUUUUGGAUGAAAACCGGACUACUCUAGACGCAGACAGGAAGGCAGCUGCGGAAUUACUCCAGAGAAAGAUGGAAAUCGAAGAUAAGAAGCAGCAGGUAGAAAUUGCUAUUAUGCGAGCCUUAGGACCUGCAGAGGGCAAUGGUUUAUCUGGAGAAGGCGACUCAGGCAGCCCACAUACUGAACUAGACCGACCUGAGAUGGAGGCUCUCACCCCCCCUCCUCUGGACGAUGAACCCGGGGCCGAGCAUCUUGAGGCAUCCGAAAUGGCUCCUGUUGAGCCAUCUGCAGAACAAGACUCGGGAAAUUCAUAUCAAUCGGUCUCUAUUUCUUCAAAUGGAUCAAAAAAAAGACGAAGGGUGGAUGACCCUGCGGACUUUCCCGAUCUUGGGGGAGAUGAUGGUAUCGAUCCCGAGGUUGUAGAAAUGUUGAAGGAGAGUGCUGAGGCAUAG